GGUGCCUUCAUCUUGCUUCCAAAAUUUCAUUAUUCGAUGAUGCGCCACUGCAGCAUGCACAACAUAAACUUGGGGAUUGCAGCGGUGGCCAAUGGGAGUAGUUUGUUCCUUGCAUGCUCUAGCUCGAUCUAGAAACAUGAUUAGACCCAGUGUUGUCAGUCACAAAUUGCUUUGCCCACCAAGGCUCCUAUUGGCCCUCUUGGGCUACUUUGGAGACUGCGACAAUGUGUCUUUGGCAGAUCGGUUGGUGAUUGCCUACAAAGACUUCAAGGUUUUCUGCCGCACGAACCGUGUCUUCAGCUCCCAACCCCUGUUCACAGUCAAGAGUGCAGCUAAGCUAUACUAGAUCUAUUUAAUUUGAACUGAAUGGGGUAUAAUGAAGUCAUCAAUUUUGAGAACCAGGUAUGGAAGGCAACAUCUUUGGGGGCAGAUCUGUCAGCAAAAGCGUACAAUGCGCGCGUGAUUACCAGCUGGCUAGCAUCGUGCCUCCACAUCGUACAGCAGCGUUCAGUCCCAGAAGGCCGCCUGUGCGGACUGUGGGUUUCUGAAAACGGCCAGCCUUGGCCCGACCAUGAACUUCUUUUGCCUUCUGCAGUUGCUAUGAUUCUCAUCCCAUUUCAUUGGAAAAUAGGUUGUGGUCUAGGCCUUGGCAUGUACGUACUAGAUCAUCCCCCAAGUCUCUCCUAAUCAAGCCAAGGAAUGCUUUGGCAAAGAAUUUUUGGCUGGUGGAAUCUUACCCCCGGUAUUUGCGACCUGGCACUCAUGGAUUAGGAUUUUAUUGGAUAUAUAUGUGUCCCUCCAGCUGCAUGCCAUGCACAUACAUUCACUUUGCGAGGUCACCACAGCAAGCGGAUGAAAUCUACUCUUCAGGCAUGACCUUCCUUCGUGCUCAUCGGCUUCUCACUAUCAUCUCACAAAGGCGAAUAUAUGGGUUCUUGACACACGGUUCUUCUUGUUUCACACGCGCUACUGUAGCUGUUGCAGGUGCCACCUGCUUUUUUGGAAUUGCCUGCCUAAGCUCCAUGCUUUUUGGCUGCGUAUGCGUUGCAGUUGUGUGCAAACAUGCACGCAUGUGCGUGUGCAUGUUAACGUGGCUGCUGAGGCCUUUCACCAUCAGCUACUAGACUGUAAAAAGCAGCGUGCGGGCCUCUUCUGAUAGCGCAAGUCAGAAACUAUAUAUUUGUGUGACCUCGGUCGAUGAACGGAUUAGGCCUUAACUGGCGUUUCUUCCACAAUUUCCUCGAAGAGGAUCAAAUGAAGUGGGCGAAAUGUAGCUUGGCAAUACAUGUUCUCCAAUGUUUCCACUCGUUGUGUUACUUGUGCCUCCAACUUUUCAGGUAUUUGCCAAAUUGCUUCUCGAAUCAAACUGGAGAGAUCAGUUCUUCGAUCAUCGCAGUUUAGGCGGGUAUAUAUAUAUAUGCAACUAGUUCAUGUGAUGCACAUGGAUGCAUGUGCGCAGGCUUUUGGCGAUGAAGCGGCAUAUCCGAAGGUUGAACACGCGUGCCAUGCAAGAACUCCGGAGAUAAAAAAAAAGCCGGACCGGCCUUCAGCAUGAGCAGGGAGAGGGCAGCUGCAGCUGUUUGCAUGUUCCGCUGGAGCUUGGGAUGGCUUUGGGUUCGGUUUCUCGGGAUGAUUGAAGUGAAAACCAAGAGAGUGAGUAAACCACUCACUUUAGGUAACGUACAUACUUUAUGUUAACGUUCGCGUCUACUCAGUCCUCUGGAAGGACUGGGAUAUGUUUGCCCAGACGCUCCGAACUCACAGCCCUUUCCUGGUCCCUAUGAGACCCCACACCCCUCCAUAUGAGGAUCCAGGUGGUAGAUCGACUGGAAAGGUUGCUAGUGGAGGCCCAAGACCUGGUUUGUCUGUCCUACUUUGGCGAGGCGAGGCGAAGUCCCAAUGACUCUGGUUUGAGCAGGUACAUGGAGCAGCAUGGUAUACUAUGAUGGUAUACUGUCCUCAGUACUGUACUUCUUUUUUUGAUCUUUUAUGUGUACAUAGUACAUGGCCCAGUUCAUCGCAGUACCAGCUAUAGUGAGCUUCGGUCGCCAGAUUAUUAGAUCUACCCAGACGCUCCGUUCACAGCUCGACUGGUCCCUCAAAACGUAUAGGGAUUGGUUCGACCCCAGACCCCUCCAGAGGACUCGGGUCCAGGGUCGCGUCUGGGUAAUAUAUGAAUUACGCAGUCCAUCCUCCCACUUCCUCCACCCUUCUUGCCCCAAUGGGCCCCCCUUCGAACGGAAAACGACCGACGACCACGACCGGACACGGCCAGAUGGGUCGAGUGAGUCGCUGGAGCCCCGAACUGCGCGACCUGCUGCAGCAGUGCGUGGCCUACCAGGGCGCGCCCGGCGGCGUGCGCUUGGGCCUGUACGGCGAUCACCAUGGCUUUGGCCUUUGGGAGGCAGCCGUGAGUCUGGCGUUCCACCAGGGCGACGACCAGGCCGCUACGGCCCAACGAGGUGCCGUGGGCGACAGGACGUUGCGGCACUGGUUCCUGCGGACGCCUGACCUGGGAUGCCCCGAGGGAGAAAAGAGAGCCGCAGCCAACGUCAUGUCGAGCGACAACGUCGCGAGCGAGCUGCGUUCGGUCACCGAUGCCUGUGAACUUUCCGGACAACACGUGAGAAACAAGAAGCGCAAGAAGGUGGAUGGUUCAAAAGCAGGUUGGUGGUUUUCAGUGCGGGUGGAAGAGCUGAGGCCCGGCAGCUUCCAGGACCUCCGGUGCGGCGCCGCGACAGUGACCGCUUUUUUGAGCCGGCCGGCCGUUGUCCCGUUGUCGAUGCCGGGGCGUGGGCCUGGAGGCGAAUGGAGUGGCGCUGUAGAGCAGGCCAGAUCGACCAACGGCCUAGCCCUCGGCCUUCGUCGACCGGCCGGCGGACUGAAGGACGAGGGACGAGCCAAUGAGGAGUCGACUGGCAGUCGGGGAACAGCGGCAGGAGGCCCACGGGAGGUUGUUUGUGGUCAUCAUGGGCCAGUGAAGUGGCUUCUCACUUGGGAUGCUGCCUUCAACGUCGUCUUUGGACCAGCACCUCUUGCUGUGGAGGUCACGGAGGCAUUUGUCUUGCCGAAAUUCCUCCCAGCUAUUGCGAACACGACUUGGGCUGUCACGCGCCAUGCGUGUGAUCUGACCUACUUUGUGUCAGAGAUGGUUACUGAUGUUUGGGACGCGCCUGUAGUAGCCUUUUUCGUCUUUCGAGAUGGAAAGCUCUCCCCUGUUGGCGGCGUCGAAUGGGAUGGCGCUCAACUCACCUGGGGCCCCGCCAGUUGGAGCCCAGCCACCCUGAAGGUGGGGGAUGUGGUCGGGGUGCUGGUGACCCUGCAGGGCGAGCUGCAGGGUCCCUCUUUGGGGAUUAUGAAUCUCGAGCUGUUUUGCCCCAUGGUGGAUCCACUGAAGCGCAAUCACGAGCUGGAUUGGAUCGAUGGUACUGGCAGCAACUCCAAAAAGAUGCCAACAAAAAUUGUCGGUGACUGGCUGCGCUUCGGCGCUUCGACGGCGACGCAGCGGUUGAGCCAGCUGGGGCAGAAGGUGGGACAAGCUUUCAAUGAAACCGCCAUGCGGCGAUGUGUGGCUUGUGGGGAGUCCUACAUCCGCGCGGGAAUGUGGACCUGUGCGGAGUGUACCCAGCUGGGCUGCCGGAACUGCCUGAGCGUGACGAACCUCCACGGCCCGGCCGCGCCCCGACCGGCGCAGCAGAUUCUUUGCAAGGGCUGCCAGCCUUUGGUGAAGAAGAGGUGCGCGGAGGGGAAUGCUCGGCUUCGUCUUCAAAGAAUCGACGCCUUCUUGGGAAGUCACUUGGAGCCCUACACUUAUGACCCCGAGAGCAAAUUGGAACAAACCUUGCGCCUCAGUGGCUAUGCCAUGCAAGGUCUGAAGAAAGUCUCUGGAUUCAUUCCAUGGGCACAGGCUGCUCAGGCGAUCGAGGCGGGCUACUAUUUGGUCAGGUACGGCCCGCUGAUUUUGGCCGGCAAUGAGAUUAUGGAGUCUUUCCAGCUCAUCCUCGGCCUGGCGAAGAAACUGGAGUUGCCCUCCUAUCACCGCUUGGCGUCGCCAGACUUCUUCGGAGGGCUCUACUACAGCAUGGGUGAACACUGGGGCAUGCGAGGCCGAGUCCCAGACAUGGAAAUGGCGCAGCAUGCAGCGGAUGGUGAGGUGCCAGUGCCGGACCAUGGAUUGCUGUUGACCCUUCGUCAUCUGACCCGACUCCUCUUGGUCUCCAAGGAGAGCACGCCCACGGAUGCGCAGCGCCUGCUGCGGCAAGCGAUGCCGGGCGCCGAGCUGGUGCUGGCGGAGUUCAGCGGAAGCCCCACGGUGCCCAGCUUCUUCCUGGUGUGCGCGCAUCAAGCACGGGUCGCGUAUUUGGUGAUGCCCGGCACGCGGAACUUGUCAGAUCUGGUCACCGACUUCAACGCCGCCGAGGAGCCGUUUGGCACUGGCCAGGGCCAUCGUGGCAUGAUUCAGUCAGCUCGCUGGAUGGAGGAGCAAGUGGGACCAGCCUUGAUCCGGCUUUACACCUCAGGCUUCCGGAUUACCAUCCUGGGGCAUUCGCUGGGUGCCGGAGUGGGCGCCUUCUUGACGCUCAUCCUGCGGCCGCAGAUCUCGAAUCUAUACUGCUAUGGCUUCGGCACCCCAGCCUGUGUGGACGAGCAGCUGAUGCCCAGCCUGCUGAACUGCAUGGUGUCGGUGGUGAACCGUGAUGACUUGGUACCCCGGCUGAGCGUGAAGAGUGUGCAAGGCCUCCUGGAGAGCGUGCUUUGCCCUGGGCAAGUCGCAAAGACCCAGGCAUGGAUGAAGGAGGAUUGGCAAGCGGUCAAGGACUUGGAACGCGUGGUGGAGCUACGGCGGCGAGGGCAGGUGCCGGCGGAGGCGCAAGAGCUCGGCGACGGCGAAGAGGCGACCGAACGGCUGCUGGUGCCCGGUCAAGUGAUCCACCUCUACCGCCACAAUGGCCUCGCACGCGCGGCACGCUGCGCCGCUGGACAUGAGGUUCUCACGCGCAUCAUCCCAUCACAGGAGAUGCUCCAUGACCACAAGAUGGAAUCUUAUGCUCGCGCCUUGCACCAAGCGUGUCGCCUUGAUGUGACUGUCCCAGCCUGGGAGUCCUUUGAUCAGCGGGAGCUUUGCGCCUGUUGCGAUUCGGACUUCACCUGGGCCUACGUGCUGCAGAGCGAGCCGCAGAAGAUGCUUGCGAGGCACCAUUGCUUCGCUUGCGGCCGGGUGGUGUGUGAGGGCUGCUCGCGGAAGAGGCUGGCGCACGAGCGCUUGGGCUUCCAAUUGCCGGUGAGAACCUGUGACCGCUGUGCCUUCCUGCAGUUUGAGGACGCAGACGAUGCGCUCCGGGCCUUUGCCAACGAGGAAGAAGCAGCAAAGAACUCAGCGGCCAUGUGA